ACUGUAAAUGUUGCAGUUACGGCAUAUUAUGGUUCGAUUGUGGUCAUGUCCAACUUGUGUAUGAAAGUUAGUCGGCUAACGAUCGUGAUGAAAUCCAGUUUGCUUCAUACAAUUUUAGCGUAUGCCUGGAUAGGGUUACAUCCAGUUUGCAUGCACAGAAACUGGAGAAUUGAGCUUCCAAAACGAAUGGGACAUCUUUGUGAGACUCUUGAACUUUGACCCAAAAGAGAGAGAGUGUCGCAUUCAACAUGGUUCUUAAUCCGAAGAAGAAACAGGAGAGUAUCCCUCUUGUUACCAAGGAGACGCCUUCCAUCAAUCAUGGCGGUACAGACUCCUCCUCGGUCGACUCCUCCCCUGAGCACCACGCCCCUAACUCCAACCCCCACGCUUCGGAAAGCCACGCCCACUGGGAGUCGGACCACCCGCUGCACCGUCGGGCCUACACGCAGAUCCUGAUCUUCCAGAGUCUCAUUUCAGUCGCUUUCCUGGCCGUCCAGGAGAACAUUGUGUUGUACUGCACGGAGGUGUUGUUCUACGUGGAUGGAGGAGCGCCUAAGAUGAUCGAGGUGUACGCGGCGCUGGUGCCUUGCUUGCCGGUUUUCGGUGGGCUGUUGGCCGAUAUUUACGCGGGAAGAUACAAGAUGAUCAAAAUUGGAGCCUUCACGACGCUAGCAGGAUUGCUCCUGCUGACUUUUGACAUCAUCCCCUUCGAGAACUGGUUCGCUCGCUCCAUCUCCAUCGAAGCCAAGCGAGGCAUCUUCAUUUUCGGCUUCACGGUCAUGUUCCUGGGCUUCGCUGGGUACGGAGCCAACGUGGGACCCUUCGCUGCCCGCCAAGUCGAACAGGCUGGUGAGAAGGCAGUCAGGACGCUGUUCCACUGGUUUUAUUGGUCAACGACAUUAGGCCUAGCCAUAGCCUUACCGAUAGCUGAUUACGUGGACAGAGUGAUCAACUUCGGUGUCGGCUUUGCCAUCCUGACUGUGUCGCUUGUCAUUGGCAUCGUGGUUCUCAUGUGUCUCGGGAGCGACUAUGUUGAAGUGCAGCCACAGAGAGAUGCUCUGUUUAGGGUCUUCAAGAUCAUCUACCAGGGUAUCAGGAACCGCGUAAUAAGUUCGCAGCAGGAGGAACGAGAGACAGACAGCAGCCGGGAGAGACCGGACGGUACGCUGGACUACGCCAAGCAAGAACACGGAGGCAGUUACUGCCGACUAAACGUAGAUCAAGUCAAACACUUGCUGAAGACGCUACCAGCGUUCCAUACUGUCACCAUCUACGCCAUCGUUUACUAUUUUAUGACAAUAAUUUACUACGAACAGUUCAAAAGGCUGAAUCCUUACCUCGGUGAUAUUGGUGAAUCGGUCCACCUUCCUAAUGUGACCUUUGAACUCUACUCUACCGGGGUGGUUCUACUAUUUACUCCCAUCUUUUGCUAUUUGUACCCCUGGUUGGAGAAAAAGGGGGUCAAGGUCACCCCUCUACGCAGAAUAGGUGUUGGUGUCUUCUUUUGUCUUCUGUCCGUCCUAUCCGCCUGUCUGGUUGAGGUCCACCGCAAGGUGGUCAUGGCUGAUGGGGGAACUUUCCCCAACCCUGUCGGUAACACCACGUACGAGGCGUCCACUCUCAGCUGCUUCACGCUAGUACCGCAGUUCACGUUCGGCGGGCUGGCUCAGGCCUUCGUACGAGUCGCCGGUCUAGAAUUCGCCUAUUUGGAAGGCCCUGAUAACCUCAAGGGUUUCUCCACCGGUCUGUAUAUACUCAUGUCAGGAGUCGGCAGCUAUAUCCUCGCCAAGAUACUUAUACUUCUCAUCAAUGCGAUGUCGUAUGCAAGUCCGUGGUACACCUCGGAAAUCAACGACGGCCAUAUGCAAUACUUCUUCCUCGUUCUCGUGGGAGUUCAACUCUUUGAUCUCAUCUACCUCGGUCUCAUUUGCCGGAAGUACGAGUACGCCCACUGGCGCGAACGGGCCGUCCGGGAAGGGGCGUUCCCGGACGUGGUGCCUGGGAACGAUCCCGUCACAUCCGGGUACGCUGUGGUGCCUGACACGUCUGCCAGCGACACGGACGGAUCACCUGCGCGCGGUGCAGAGGGCGCUGCUUAGUAAAUUCUCACCGUAAGGGGCGCUAUUCAGUCAAAACUGCGCUCAUCUCCAUCGCACUUAUCAAAAACAAAACCUCGGAGAUAUUAUUAGAAGUGGUUGCGUGGUCUUUGACGAUCGGAACUGGAAACAAAUCUACGGAUACAAAUGAACAAAGCUCCAAAUUCAAAAUUUGCCUUGUUCGUACGUUUGCACUAAGUAGCCUACUUACAUUCAAAAACACAGUGUAUUAUGAGUAUUGAAUCAAACCUAAUCCCUUAUCGGAAAAAUUGAGAAAGUUCUAGUGCCUGCAAUUUUCUUCCCGAAAUGAGCUCAAUCCGUCCUCUUAUGGCAGUAGUAUUGUAAGCGCAUUAGCACCAUGAAAAGAGGCGUUAAGUUCUGUGUCAGUGUUCAAUCAUCUACCCUCGGGGGAAAAAAACCUAGGAGAUCAUGCACCCACCUUCUGCUUCUGGAUCGCGUUCUUCACAUGCGCAGGUCUUCAUUGUCGGUUUCAAGACGUAUGAUUGAUACAUUGCAUUUCUAAUGAACUUAGUCUGUACAUUUUAAUGUGUGUGUGCUGUGCUGAUAUAAAGGCAUCAACGCAGUGGAAGGCUAACAUCUUGAUCUGAUACACCGUGCCCUCUGGAGACAUGCACACAAUAGGGAACAAAAGAUUGUAUACGUCUCCACAGGGCAAUUUCUAUAGAUGAAUACGUCUCCACAAGGUUAUCACGAAAUAGACGG